AUGGUCACCUUAACCGACGUCCAAUCUUCCAAUGCACAAAUCGCUACAGCCCUCCCACCGGGUUUAGUCGCAGUCUUCGUGGGCGCAACAAAUGGUAUCGGCGAAACUUCGUUAAGAGAAUUCGCACGCUAUGCGCGCCAGCCCCGGGUUUACUUUGUCGGCCGCUCACAAGAAGCUGGCGAUCGAAUUGCCGCUGAAUGUCGCGCGCUGAACCCGGAGGGCGAAUUCAUCUUCAUCAAGGCGGAUGUGAGCCUUCUGAAAUCUGUUGACGAGGUCUGUCGCGAGAUCGCGAGUAAAGAGAGAUGCAUCAAUCUGCUGUUUCUGACCUGUGGCUCGGCCCUUUCACACGUUGACACAAGUGAAGGCCUCCACAUCUUCAUGGCACUGGCAUACUACGCCCGAACACGCUUCAUCCUCAAUCUCCUCCCUCUCCUCCGUCAAGCGCCCAGCCUGCGACGAGUGGUCACCGUCCUAGCCGCUGGCCACGAAGGCCCCAUCGACGCCGACGACUUCCAAAGCCGAAAUGUCCCUCUCCGUAACGUGCGAGGCCACAACGUCUCCAUGACCGACCUGAUGCUCGAGCACAUGGCCACCCUGGCCCCAGAAGUAAGCUUCGUGCACGACUACCCAGGCCCCGUAAAAUCAGGCUUUGGCCGAGAAACGAAUAGCGUCUUGAUGAAGGUUGCGAUUACGAUUUUCAAAAUCGUCGGACCGUUGGUCUAUGUCCCGAUUCGGGAGUCUGGGGAACGGCAUUUGUUCUUUGCGACUAGCGCAAGGUAUCCACCGCGGUCGGGGGGAGUUGAGGCGGUUGGUGUGCCUGUGUCUGGAGAGGGGGCUGUGUCUGGGGGUACGAAUGGGGAGUUGGGCAGUGGUGUUUAUGCGGUUAAUUGGGAUGGAGAGAGUGCUAAGCCCAAGUCGCUGCAGGUACUGGCGACGAUGCGGAAUGAGGGCAUGGUGGAGCAAUUGUGGCAGCAUACGAUGGCGGAGUUUAAGCGGGUGACUGGGUCGGAGAGCUUGGCUAAAUGA